AGUAAAUUCACGACAUUUGCAUACACCAGCAUAAUCUGCGCCUUGCGCGGGUUGGCCUUCGACCACGCCUCUAUCAGUGCUGCUGUACUCCAUGGCUGGAAAGAACGAUAACCCCGCCAAUCCAGCCAAGGAGGAUUCCGAGUCUGAAGACGAGAAAGACGUUACGGCGCGAGUCGCGCAACCUACGAGCGACACACACAAGCUACAAGGCAGACCGGCGAAGAAUCCGCGCCUCAAUCCUCCAACACCGGCGCGGUGGAAACGGAUCUUGCUCAUCUUGUUCUUGCUGUUCCUCUUCUGGCUGGUCUUGCGUGUGCGUGCACGGGCGAAGAAGCCUCAGAUUAUCUAUGCUAGCAGGUAUUCGAAGGAAUACAAAUAUCGGCCUGCUGCCAGCCCUAUCAUCACAGAGGCUCUGAAGGAUGGGCGGACACGCUUGAGAGGUGCGCUUCCGACUGGCCUUUGAAGG